UGUCAAAUGCAACAGAUAAGAAUGAGAAAACAAUUAGAUGAAAUGAAUUUACGCAUUGAAGAAAAUGACAAAUAUAAAAUUAUUCUCAAUCGAAGGAUGGAAAAAGCUAACAGGAGCGCUUUUUAUUGGCGAAAUCGAAUAAUACAACAACAAUUAAAUAACAUCAAUAGUAAUAAUAGCAAUAAUAAUAAUAAUAGUAAUAAUAACAGUAAUAAUAUUAGUAAUAAUGAGGAUAACGUAUCUUCGCAAUUGAAUGCUUUAAUCAGUCCAAUACAUGGUGUUUUAUAA